UGUCAAACAACAAAGUUAGUUGAGUUUACCGACAUUUCGUUUUCGUUUUCCGUACGCAGUUAGUGGUGUUUGGCAUUUGCGAGAGGCAACAGCAAGAUGUCCGAAGGGGAACUAAAAGAGUUGCUAACCAGCUGGGGAUUUGAACAUAUAUUUCCACUUUUAUCAGCUGAGGAUAUUACCUUGAGAAGAUUGCGAUUCUUAACCGAAAGCGACCUGACUUAUCUCUUUCGUCAUUUCAAAUUAGGCGAAAAAAUUGAAUUUAGAUUUCAUUUACUUGAGUGGAAGCGCAAUGAAGGCUUGAAUACCCCGGAUAAAACUAGCAUCCAACUUGAAAGGGACUUGGAUGAAAAUGAUUUUGAGGUCCCACAACCGAGUACGUCCUCGUCAACUUCAAACACUUCCUUUGUAAACCAAAAUCAGAGUUUUAUUGACCUUUUACUUGCGCUACAAGACCAUCCAGCUGGCGACUAUGUCAAGCGAACCAUAGACGAAAAAAAUAGUUUGAAUGAUACGUCAAGAAAAAUCUUAAUUGAAGCUAUUGUUACAUAUAUGGUUAAAAAUAAGAUAAAGCCUGGUAAAGCGGAUUUCGAUAGGAUUUCCCAUGACAUAGAGAGAGAAUUCAAUGACGACAAGAAAAUCUAUUAUAAUUGUGUUGGACAAAGGCCAAGCGGAAGACUCUAUGAUAAGUAUUACAACACACUGAAAAAGCUUAAGAAAUACGGAGAAGUAUUCGAUUCUUCUUCUUCGGGAAAAGGCCCGGACAGCACAGAACAAAAAAUUUCAAAUGAAAAAGCUGCUCAGGCUCAGAAAUGGCUGAAAUCUAAUGACGAACCUUGGUCUGUGGUCGAGGAGAAAUGGCGCCUGUGCUAUAAAUUGCGUAGGGACGAUAUAGUCAACACGGAUGGUCGCAAGUUCUCCAUUUCAUGGCUCUUAAGUCAGUGGAGCUUAUAUUCCCAUAUUCUGGGACAUUUAUUGGUUGAGAUAGACUUUCUGAUUUUAUAUCCCGAGUGCCCGCCACUAAUGAGUAAAUGGGAUUCAUUUCGAGAGAAAAUCACGCCCAUAUUGAACCAAAGAUUAACAGACUCUGUUUAUCUAAGUUAUUUGGAGGAAAUUAACGCCCACACUGAAGGUUCCGACCAAACCUUGGCACUGUUACUUCAUGUCCUCCUGCUGUCAAUGCGAAAAUCCAAUGUCAAGACCACGGUUAAGGACUCGCAAUCUUCAUUUAUCAUACAAGCCACGUCAUACUGCAAAGCAGAAAAGCAAUUAGAAACCCUAAAAACUAAGAUAUACAACAGUGGAGAGACUCAAAAGCCUAUUAUAGUUGCUAUAGGGGGAAAUUUUGAUUGCACCAAGUUCUAUGUGUAUUUCUAUGACAUUAAAUAUUCUGCGCCUGAUUUCCUCACUGCAUUCGAUAUUAGCUUUAAGAUUUUUCAUGUAUUAGAUCUUAAAUAUCCUGUCGAAAGUUUUGAAUUUUGGAUGUUUGUACAGAAAUACUUUUAUGGCAUUCAUUUGGACACUGACAAGGUACCGCCCAACAUUUUAUGUUUAAUUAGUGACUUAAAGUAAAAUUGUUUGAAUAAGUUUUCAGUUGGAUAUAACAUUAUCUUUACUUAAUAAUUAAGUAACUGUUUAGAUUAACUGAAGACUUAAUCAUAAAUAUAUACCUUUGAUUUACUUUACCAAAUACAAUAAUGUAAAAUAAAAAUAAAAACAAAAAACUGUA